AUAAAACAUAAACAUUGCAUUGAUAAAGAAGUUCAUAGUCCAUGGUCGAAGAAAGGAUUGCGUCUUUCUCCAUAUUUAUUUCAAUUUUGUGGUGUUCACUUGAAAGGAGGUUAUGUUGUGUAGCCAACUAGAAUGUCAACAAUACACGAAAGAGUAAAGAAUUUUAUUAUUUGAUUACAUUAAUAAAGAUUGGUUUUAUCCAUACUAUUUACUGUUGUUUCCAAAAUGGGGACCAAGUUUCGGCAGAUAUGCCACUUUUUAAUUAUUUUCACGUUUUUGUACGGUCUUUGUGAAUGCCAAAUUUGGCCGAAAUUAUUUGAAAGGGAUAAGGAUCCUCUUUCCAUUGAUGGAUCAUGGUCAUCUUGGCAGUCAUGGUCUCCAUGUUAUAAAAACAUAAAUAGUCUUGAAACCUUUUAUCGUCCCUUGGAAAAUUUUUUAAUUCAAAGUAGAAAUCGUACAUGCACUGCUCCAAAGCCAUUGCAUGGUGGAAAGCAAUGUGAACCUCCAUCACAUCGUUUUCGUCAAUGUUCUUGCACGAACCCGCUUGGUAUGUCAAAUGGUCUAAUAAAGGAUGAAGACCUUACUUCAAAUAUAGCUUUAAAAGCUUAUCCUCCAAGCCAUGCAAGAUUUGGUAAAAACUAUACUGGGUGGUGUGCUAAAAAGCUUAGUUAUUUACGCAAAACUUACUUGCAAAUUUACUUUGAUACUUUUGUUACUGUUAGUUCCAUUGAGACACAGGGUACAAAAAAUGGUCGUAUAAGACAUUAUCAACUAGAAUAUAGUUUAAAUGGCAGAAACUGGCAGAGUGUUAAUAACAAAAAGACUAUUUACAAAGGUAAUUUAUUGCCAGAAACUUUAUCCAAAAAUGAAUUUGAAAAUUCCCAAGUUUUAAAAUAUUUGAGAUUAAUACCUACAGAAGCAUUUCAAUAUCCUUGUCUAAAAAUGGAAUUAUAUGGAUGCUCAUUUACUUGUGGAGGACAUCUUACUCAUUCUUUUGGCAAUGUUGUGGCUAGAAGUUCUGAGUUUAUUGAUCAAAAUUGUUUGUGGAAUAUUGAAGUACGCAAUACAACAUCGCUGACCUUUGAUUUUAAUGUAUUUUAUGUCAAGUGUGAGGAUGGUUAUUUAGACUUUUAUGAUGGAGAUAUGCCAUUUAAAAACUCUGUGUUAUUGAAAAGAGUGUGUCUUAAAGACGAGGAUGAAGAAGUUCCGAUUUUGAAACUGAAUUACAACACAAUGUGGUUAAAUUUUGUUUCCAAUUCUUCCUCAACUGAAGUUGGUUUUAAUAUUCAAUAUUUUUCUGAAUGUGACCAAGUUAUACAUCUGCAGAAAGGAGAACCAUUACAUAUCAGUUCACCAAAUUAUCCAAAUAAUUAUUUCAAUAAUUUGCAGUGUGUUUGGACUUUAUACGCUCCAGAUACAGAAGGCUCCUUUCAAGUUCGUGUAAAUGAGUUUAAGAUAGAAAGUAGUCAGGACACAGGAAGAUCAUGUCCAGACGAUAUUGUCAAAAUUAAAUCCAAACAUAAUGGGAAAGUUAAAGAAAUAGGUUCUUAUUGCAAUAAUUUCAAACCAUCUAAUGCAUUCACAGUUCAAGGGGAAGAAAUGAUAGUCACAUUUACUAGUGAUACAAUAUUAGCUGGAAAGGGUUUUUCAUUCACAGUUGUGUCAGGAACCACAAAUGCUAUUGCAACAACCAUUGAAAUCAGGACUGUUAUCGUUAACCCCACUGCUACAGUAAAUACCACUAGAAAUGGCCUAGUUACCAACGAUAAGAACAACACAAUGUUUGGGAAAAAAAUUCGAAAGGAAGAAAGGGACGAUACUUGGACUAUUAUCAUUAUCUGCGUUUUCACAGCAUUUGCCUUAAUUUUGCUGUUUACAGUAGCAGGAAUGAAUAUCAGAAGAUAUGUUAAAAGUAGAAACGAAUUAAACGCACAAUGUGCAAAAAUUCGCAAAGAAAAAAAACAAAGAAAAAAGCAUGAAAAAAUUGAUAAGGUAAACAAAGAAUAUUUCGAAAAUGAAAAUCUUAUAAAUAAACCAACAAGUCCAACGAAAGUGAGGUACGAAGACACAGAGCAUAAACCAAUGCUUGCAAAUGCAGAAAAUGACAAUAAACUUCAAAGCAAAACUGGUUGUUCUGAUAAUGAAGAUGCUGCUGAUGUUAUAGAAGAUCAUGUGGAAGAUUGUAAUGGAAAUCAUAACGACACGAUAGAUGACGUAGAUGGGAAUAUUGACAGUAGUAGUUACGAUAGUUCAAGUCCGCAAGUUCAUUCUCCUCUGAAAACUGAAGUUGUGAUUGGAGUUAAUGUAGAUGAAUUAGAUGAAACUGUGCUAUAGAAUUAUUGGUUGUAAAACAUGCAACUUUUGGUGCAGUUGCUUUAUUUAUAUGCCAAAUUGUGUAGUAACUUAUUAGUACUAAUUUUCUUGUGUAUUAAUUUUUGCGCAUUCGCACACAAAAGUCAUUUGUGUGAAUAUUUGAUCAGAUUAAUAUCUUUUACUAUUUCCCUUGUUAUGUAGGGAUGAAUGUAGAAAAAUAUCCAUGCACUAAAAUUAGUCAGGGUAAAAUAUUUUAAUGCCAGAUAUUUUAUGUCAAGAAAAAUUUCUGGUUUAUAAAUUAAAAAAAAAAAUUCUAAAGGAACUUGGAUUAAGCUCCUGGGCGCAAAAUCUUCGUUAGUUUAUAAUUGUGAAUAAUUUUUGAAAGAUAUGUCCAAGCUAUUUCCCACUUUUAUACUGCUCACUCUAAUUUUAGCUUUAUGUCAAACCUCUUGCAUUGUUUAUAUUAAAUUUUACAAUUUUUUUGAAAUGUUUAUGGACGAAUAUGACUAACAUGAGUCAAUUAUAAAUUUUUACUGAGUUUAAUUGCAGAUUUAACACCACUCCCUUAAAUAAAAGCAAAAGUAUAAUCAAUGGUUUCUUUUAAAUCUUAUGACGUUCAUGUUUUAACUUGUAAUGAAGUGCUGAAGCGACUCCUUUUCAAUUGGAAAAGGGGCUUCCCUAAGCAAAUAUUUAAAAAUAGUGGCAUUCAGUAGAAAAUAAGCAUAAUUAUCAGUUAGAAACACUCUUGUUACUUGUGGAACUGGCACAGUUUUAAGUUAUGAAGGAUAAUUCUUGUCUAUUUUUGAUAUCAUUAAAUGGGGUAGAAUCAUCAAAAGCUAAGUUUUAUUUCACAACCAAUGUGAUAAAUCUUAAGAAACGUUUAUAAUUGUAAUUCUUGUUUAAACUUCCUGCAAAAAAAAACUUUCUUCUUUUGUAUUUGCUCUAAAAAUUGUAAUUUUGCAGAAGUUAAUUUUGCGAAUAGGAACCAAAAUUGCAAAAAUAAGGUCCGCAAAAAUUUUCUCUUAAACUCGAAAUAAAAAAGUUUAAAAGUCAUAACAAAGCCAAUUCAAAAGCAACUCCCCUUAAAAAAAAACUUUUUGAUACUCAUAUAAUGAAUCAUGUGUACAAUUAAUUUUAGUAGCUUUCGAUCGCAUUUUGUAGCUUUAUGUCAAACCUCUUGCAUUGUUUAUAUUAAAUUUUACAAUUUUUUUGAAAUGUUUAUGGACGAAUAUAAGUAACAUAGUGUUUUUUUAUUUUAUUUUAAUGUAUGUAAUUUAUUAUGCGAGGCAUUAUCUGUUUUCGUAGUACUAAAUUUCACAGAUUUUGAGGUUUUUGCUACUAUUUGCCAAAUUAAAUUUUGUGAAAAGCUGCAAGGUUUUGGGUCUCCGAAAAAUCAGAUUUCCACGGAAAUUAACUAAAUUGGCCAUCCACGAAGUUACAUUCCUGCGAAAAUUAACUAAAUUUUCCAUUUGCAAAAUAAACCAAGAAACAAAAAAACAUUUGUUUCCUUAGUAUAAACUUUGAAAGUUUGUACCAAUGCAGUCAUGCUUUAAAAAAUAAGUUAUAAUCAGUGAGACAUAAAUAAUAAACUACUUUCAUAUGCCCAUUAAUCGGAUAAAAUUCAAUUUUUUUGUUCUCAUUUUGUUCCUAGAGUUAAAGUUAGAGUUAAAGCGGCCAUCGCUGUUCACUGUCUUUCAAAAAUAGCAGAAAGUCCUGGUAAAAAGAUAGUUUUUAUGAUUUCGUGCUACUUUUUUCCCAUUUAAAUACUUGGGUUUGUUUUUAGUUAAUAUAAUCAUAUAUCUAUAUAUAAAUUGAAAUAUAUGCCUUUAAAGUGAAUAAAAACGAAACU